AUCAAAACGUAAAUACAGAACAAUGCACAUCUCAGACUAUUAUACUGAAUGAGGACGAAUUGAGAUGCCCUGCAUUGUUGAAGGGUUUAUUUUUAGUGGUAAAGAAGUGCUGGACAGGGCGGUACCGCCCUCGCGUGGUUCCGCUGCUGUGGACCAGACUCGAGUUCAUUCAUCAAGAAACUCACUGCUGCGCCUCCACGCACAAACCAUGGCAAAGGAGAUAAGGGACAUCUUUGGGAAUAGCACGAUUUUCCGUGGGCUUCUACCUUUCAUCGGCUUGGUGUUUUGCGUGGUUACUGGCGUGUGUACCAACAAGGUGCUGGUUUCUGAGCAUGUGACUGCUGUACUGGGGAAGAACGUCACUUUGAACUGUAGUGUGGAGGUGAGCACCGACCUCAGCCUGACGCAGAGUUCCUGGGAACGCAGACUACCCUCCGGCACCGUCACUCUGGCCGUCUUCAACCCCCAGUACGGGACCUCCAUAGCUGAGGAGUACAGCAACCGUGUCCACUUCAUCAAACCUUCAGUGCAUGAUGUAUCCAUUGUCCUGGAGGGUGUGGGUUUUGCAGACAUUGGGACGUAUACUUGCAAAGUGGUCACCUUCCAACUUGGAAACAUGCAGGCUUCCACGACUGUGGACAUUAUGGUGGAGCCCAAAGUCUACGUGUCUCCUGGGUCUUUGUCUCUGAUGGUUGGAGAUGGUGAAACUUUAGUGGCCACGUGCACGGCUGAAAGGGGUCGCCCAGCGGCGGAGGUCUUCUGGGUAUCGGACGUGGACGGCCAGACGGACGCCACGACGCACCAGGAGACCGAUGGCACCAUCACCAAUUCAGCGCAUUUCAUCUGGGCUCCCACCCGUGAGGCGUAUGGCCACGCCCUCACCUGCGUCGUCCGUCAUCCGGCCCUAUCCACGGAAUACCGUAUUCCUUAUCAGCUCAACGUACAGUUUCCUCCAGAGGUUUCGGUGGUGGGCCUGCAAGAGGUGUGGUAUGUGGGACAAGAAAAUGUAAAGCUGGACUGUAGAGCCACAGCCAACCCACCCGCUCUUUUUCACUGGACAAGGUUAGACGCCUCAAUGCCUGAAGGUGUGGAAACAUCGAAUGGCAGCUUAAUGUUUACUCGCCCUUUAGAGCAGAAUGACUCUGGACAAUACAGGUGUGAAGUCUGGAACGACAUUGGGCAGAACUCUCAGGAUGUUCGCAUCUUAAUACUCGAUCCACCACCUACCACUGCUGUCCCCACCACCACCCAGUCCAACUUGCCUGGCAACAGCUUAACCAUCACAGCUCCUAUCAAACACCAAGCCCAUAUCACCUUCCCGACCGAUGCUUCCACACCAGGCAGCAGCCUGGGCACAAUUGUUGGCGGCGCUGUCGGCGGGAUCCUGAUCUUGGUUUUGCUAAUGGCGUUGGCGGGAGUUGUCUACAUGCGACAACGGCGGACGUUCCGGGGCGACUACUAUACCAAGCAGUACAUAGGCCCGUCUGACAUGCAGAAAGAGUCGCAGCUCGACGUGCUUCAACCGCAUGAGCUCCGGGACGUUUACGGAGACGACUCGGGCAACGGCAGUCAGGAUUUGAAGCCCAAACCCGACGGAGACAUUAUUUAUCCCGAUUACGGCAGUGACCACAAAGACGUGGAAGGCUGGAGCGACAAUCUUAGCCUUCAGAGAGAGGGAACGUAUUACUCGGACCAUCACAACCAUCACAACGUGAACCCCAGCGGGCCGCCUUUGCACAACGGCUCCCCCUACCUGCAGGACGAGUGCUUCGACAACGGCACGGACAGCGAUUACGUAUCGCACGUAGAUGGCUCUGUGAUUUCACGCAGGGAAUGGUAUGUUUGAAAACAAUGCAGUCGAAGGAACUUUACUGGACAAUAACUAAUUUAAAAUCAACGGAGGAAGUAUAUUUAACUCUCCAUUGUGGGAUAAAAUGUACAUUAUAAGUGAAAAUGUAUUUUGCGCCAAGCUGUUUUUUUUAUUUCAUCCUCGCGUUUUAUAUGUGUUUCGAAUUAUUUUGUCAAGUGUACUUCUGUCAUGGUUUAUGGUCACAGGGUGGACCUGCACAAAGAAAACAAGUCUGCUAAAAUUUAGCCACACUCCUUGCAUAACCGGUCCAGUUACCACAUCGCACAUGACUGUUCGAGUCCUCUCUUGCUGUUUUCUUUACGUUUGCAGUAACUGUGUGAUUUCUGUAGUAAUCAGAGCAAUAAAUCACUUAAGUUUCAUAUCGAGAUAGAUAUGAAUUUGAAAAACAUAUAGUCAUGAAGUCUUAUGUUUUGACUGCAGGGGUCUUUUUUACAGUGCAAAUUUUUUGUCUUAAUCUGUAUUUUUGUCCUGUUUUUUUUUUGUAGAAAAAUUGAAGGGUAUGAAAAAUUAGGCUUGAGAAAUAUUGUAAAGUAGGUUUAUUUUUUUGCAAUAUUGACAAAUACGUUUUUCGUAUAUGUCGGUAUAAGUUAUUCGGUUUUAUUCUUUCAACAAGAAAACUAUCUUAUGUCUUUUCUUACCCAAUUUUGUUUCUCUGAUAAAUUAAUCUUGUUUUGGUAACAUCUUUUUGUACUGGAAAAUAAGACAAAAAUACAAGGUCAAGAAAAUGAUUUUUUGUACGUGAUUACUAGUAAUACAGCAGGUUUCACUCUAUGGAUUAUUUUUAACCCAGCUGUUCUAUAUUGUGACGCAUUUCAGCACACACCCCUGUUAUAGUAAUCUGCUUUUCACCAGUCUAAGUUAAAGAGCAAUCAGACUUUUUUUUAAAAGAGCAGUUUAAUGUGGCUGUAUUGAAGACCUGUCAUGGGGUGAGGGGGCCGUGACAGAUCAAAAGGACCACGGUCUGCCCCUGAGGUUUCACCGAAGCCUUGCGGCGUUUGCCAAUUUAGUGCACUCCUUUUAAUUUUACGCUGAUUUCUUAUUUCACUCCAUCUCUCCACCCCUGCUACUCCCAUCCAGAACGCUCCGACUGUCCCAAAAAUAAACUGUCUGGCACGCAUCUGCUGUGUGGAUUUCCACUAACAUGCCUCACCUCAAAGAUCGAACUUUUUAAUUAGUUUUUUUUAGAUUUAUUGGAUCUCAGAGAGGUCCAGAGCAUCUGCCUGAUAUAGGUCUUGACAAUUGUUUUUUCCUCUGUAGGUGUUAGUGCCUGCUGGAAAAGAUAUUGGUUUGAUUUAUAAAUAAGCUGCACUGUUUCUACAGUUGUGUUCGGUUUAUAUUUUAAGUAAAAAUCGGUUGAUUUGAUUUGGUCACCUUUAAAUUUUUUGGGGCAAUAACAGUUACCAGAAAUGUAGUCUUAUCUCAAGCUUGUAUCUUUGAGACAUCAGUUUAACAUUUUAAUUUCAAUUAUCAUCAUUUGUUUUCUGUGUGUUCAACACACACAUGGAGCUACAGAAAAUGACUAAAAGUUGCUUAUACUGUGCUUCCUUGCUUAUUUUUUUAUAAAGUAUAUAUUUGCAAGCAUAGUGCCUUUGGCAGUACAAGAAACAUAAGAUGUUUAGUCUGUCAUUAUUGUUUGUCAUUAUUGUUUCCGAAAGUUUUUGUUUCUGAACGAUUGCUUCCGAACGUUAUUUUCUGAAAGAUAAAACUUGUUGGAAGUUCAAAGACACCUGAAAUGGUGAAAUCUCACUGGAAUUUUAAAACAGUAUAACGCUUUCAAGUGUUACGUUGGCCAGUUGCAGUACAUAUUAUUUUUUGUAAAUAUUCUGGUAUGAGAAACAUAUUUUUAUAUAAGGCCAAAAAAUAUUAAGAUGUUCACACUUUGUUCAAAUGCGUUUUCUUCUCAUGUUCUUUUUGAUAUUUAGUUCUCAGGUGUUUGAAAGAUUAUUUUGUACAUAUUAGAGUUAUACUGAUGACUUAUUUUGAAAAUGAGAGACAGACAUUGCUUUGUUUUUGAUGCUUUCUGUUUAUAAUAAAAACUUUUUCUUCGAGCAUGUUUCUGACAA